AUGUUGUGGAGUGGGAUCAUUGUGAUGUGUGUCCUGGGUCUUCAGUUCCGGAGCUGUGCCACUGAUCUGUGCAACUGGACUGGAAGCGGCUUCGCAGCUGCUGUGGACUCCAGGAUUGUGCUGCAGGUGCAGCUGCGCUGCACGGAGGGCUCGGUGCGCUGGAUCUACCCGGGCCAGGCUCUCCGGGUGGUCCUGGAGCCCAACCUGUCCACGGCCAGGCGCACCACGGUCUGCAUCAAACCGUCCCCCUCUCUCCGCGGGGCCAGCGUGUUCAUUGAACGGGCCGGCCAGCUCGAGCUGUUGGUGACGGAGGGCGGCCGGCCCGAGCAGCAGGUCUUCUGUUUCCGGGCCGACGGGCCCCACCGGCCCGCUAUCUACCUCCAGUCCAGCCCGCAGAGUGUCGGGUCCUGGAGCCGACGGACGAUGGGCUUCAGAUACGAGCUGCUGAGCAACAGGAGCGUGGGCCACACGGGGCUUCAGGCGUCAUGCCAACCCUGCAAUAAUACACAACUCCUCAUGGCCGUGUGCAACAGUGACUUUGUGGUCCGAGGCUACAUCAACAAUGUCUCCCACGACGCGGUACGCCGGACGUCGCUGGUGGAGGUGUCCGCAGAGCGGGUUUACUGGCAGCGCAGUGGGCUGUUUGAGCAACGAGCCUCUGGAUCCUCCCCUCCCGUCCGGCCCUGGCGUGGACACAUCCACACACUCAUGCAGUGCCACGUGAAGCCCGGGGACGGAGAAUUCCUCUUCACCGGGUCAGAACACUUUGGGGAAGCUUGGUUAGGGUGUGCCCCGCGAUACAAAGACUUCCUGUCCGUCUACCGCACCGCCUGGGCAGCGCGUCAGAACUCCUGUGACUUCCCUUUGGACUGA